UUUCUUUCUUCUCUUAAAACAUAGCUUUCAUUAAGUGACUUUAAUGAAAUAAGCACAAAAUGAAUAUAUCAUUUCAAAUUGUGAUAGAUGCAAUGAAGAAAAGGAACAAAGUGCCCUGGGAUAACAUAAAAGGGGAAAUGAAUCUGGUCUAGGAGGUCAGAGAAGGUUUAUCUGAGAAGAGAACUGAAAUAUGAGUAAAUCGAGAAGGGGAACAGAAUUUUAGGUAGAGGGAAGAGUGUGUGCAGAAGUCGCAUGGCAGAAAGGAUCGUGAGGCCCGGCUGUAGAGAUGGAGGGCAGAGGAUGAAGCUGGCUCAGAACCCUGUGGCUGCCGCCUUAAGGAUUUAUUCCGCAAGAAGGAAGCCAUUUGAAAGGCUUUAAGCAGGAGCUGGUGACAUGAUCGGAUUUUUCAUUUUGAAAAUGUCACAGUAUCUGCAGUGACGCAAAGCGAUCCGAGGGACCCAGUGGAUGCAGUUAGAAGAUAAACCUGACCCGGCAGGCCUCGGUCGAGGCUGCAGGAGGCGGGGGAGUCGGUUCGGGCGCUCGGGCUGCACCGGCUGCUAGCUCCGCGGAACCCCGAACCGGCCCACGUGGGCCCGGCCGCCCCGCCCCGCCGCGCUGACGCCGCCCGACUCCGGAGUCCAGGCCUGGGGCUGGCCGCGCCGUCCGGGAGCCCCGCACCCCACGCCCGGCCCACGGGCCUCUCCAGGCCAGGCCGAGGGACACCCCCCCCCUCCCCCGCCAGCCCCGAGGGACGAGUUCCCGCCACGGGGUCUACAGGAGCAGAGCCAGCCGCGCCGGGGCGGGCGCGUCCAGGCCACCAAAUGUUUGCCAUCCAGCCAGGGGUGGCUGAGGGGGGCCAGUUCCUGGGGGGUCCGCCGGGAGUAUGUCAGCCGGAGCUCCAAACAGACAGCAACUCUAACUUCAUGGUGAGUGCCAAAGAUGCCAAUGAGAAUUGGCAUGGGAUGCCAGGCCACGUGGAGCCCAUCCUGAUGAGGAGCUCCUCUGAGUUGCCCUCUGACAACCAGGUCUUCCAGGCCCCUGGACUCCCCGAGGGGGAGGUGCGCAGCCCACCAGAGGGGGCAGAAAUCCCCGGAGCUGAGCUUGAGAAGUUGAGUGGUGCCAGCCCAGUGUGCUCCCCCCUGGAGGACAAUGGCUACGCCAGCAGCUCCCUGAGCACCGACAGCCGCAGCAGCAGUCCUGAGCCUGCCUGUGGGACCCCUCGAGGCCCGGGCCCUCCAGAUGCCCUUCUGCCCUCGGUGGCCCAGGCUGUGCAACAGCUGCAGGCUCAGGAGCGCUACAAAGAGCAGGAAAAGGAGAAGCACCACGUGCACUUGGUGAUGUACCGCCGCCUGGCCCUGCUGCAGUGGAUCCGGGGCCUGCAGCACCAGCUGGUAGACCAGCAGACCCGUCUGCAGGAGAGCUUCGACACCAUCCUGGACAACCGAAAGGAGCUUAUCCGCUGUCUCCAACAGAGGGCAGCCCCAUCCGGGCCCCAGGAGCAGGGCUAAGGGUGUGCCUCCACAGGAGUGCAGGGGGUCCCAUUGCUCCGGAGAGAGGGCUAGCCUGCAGGAUUUAUCGGAGGGUUGUGGCUGAUCCAUUCCCCUGAGAUUUCCCAGGCCACCUGUCCACCCUCUCCCCAUCACUCCUCUCAGACUUUGCUCUGCUAAGGCUGUUGUCCCUGAUGGUGGAUUUGCUGUGGGAAGUGUGGUGGCAGCUCUGGCCUGCCAUGGCUUUUUGGCUACAAUUUUGCCAGGGCGACUGGUAGAGAAUUAGUAGGAGGGAGGGGAGCUGGGGUUGGUGAUCAACACUGUGGCAGGGAUGGGGCGGGAUGGGAUCAGAGAAGAAGAUAAAGUCCCACUUGAACUCUGCCUUGGGGCACAUGGGAGAUGGGGAUGGGGGAGAUGACGGUGGCAGAACCCUGUGAAGAAUAGGAGAAAGGGAAUUCUAAAACGUCACUUGGAAACAAACCACACUUCUCGACGGCAAAGGAGCGGUUGCAGACCAUAUUGAUUUAAGCUUCUGAUGAAAGCGGAUGUACGCUUAUACGCUUGCAAGGAACAGACAAGGUGCUCCAAGACUGCUGGGGAAAAAUAAUCUCACUUUCUUCUCUGUGCCUCUACUUGCUGUCCCUCUCGGGCUUUAGCAACACUGGAUGUUAAAUUAGGUUGGUCCGUUUUCCUGAAAUCAGGCUGUCUAGGCCCAGAGGAGCCAUAGUCGGCUUUCCAGGUGGGCAGAGGCCAAUGUCAGCCCAGCCUCUGGAAGCUCUUAGGACGCUGGGUCAUAACCCCUUCCUUCACUGCAUGGUCCUUUCGGUGGGGGUUGACUGGCUCCAGCAGAGGCUCCGUGAAAUGGAGAGUGGGUGAAUUCUGGGGAGAACUAGGGACUAAGGUAGCCAAGCUCUCUGCUUUGCUUUUGGGAGCCAUGAGGAUGCAAGAUCCUGAUGGUGAGCAGUGGCAUGAUGCUGAGUCUCCCUAUCUGCAAAAUGGGGGUGCUCUUCCUCUCUCUAAAGAGUUCUAUCCCUGACAGUGGGUGAAGGGCAUAUUAGUUAGGUUGAAGCAAUGGUCCUGGGGAGUUUUGUGUCUAGCCCUUGCGUGUUGAGUAUGAACCUGACCUCUGGGCCAAGCCAGGAUGAAUAAACUGGGGCAGAGGAAUGCA